GAAGCUUGCUAUUUUUAUGUAAUGCUUGUGUUUGCAUCUUACCGUCGUCACACCGGGAUGGUGAAUCAUCAACAUCGGUAUCGCUGGCACUUCCCAUGACUUUCGGUGGUCGGGCGCUGUGCCAAUGGCCCUCAAUUUUGCAAAUAGUUCGCGGACGAGAAAUGGAAUCCCGAACAAUAAUGUCCUUAGAUUCGUACUACAUAAUGUUCCAAGAAUGGUUUGAACAUACCAGUACAGUCUUUCCUUUCCCCCCACUCUUUGUUCAAUUUUGACUUCUGUGUCUUAAGAACUACUAUGUUCGAGAAUCCCCCAAGCCUCAAGGCUUUCCCGAGCACCGAAUUUGCGUCUCCAGCCCUGCCUUUUGAGGAGUGGACACCGAGAGCAACUCUUCCAGAUGAUCAGGAAUCACUGGAUGAAAAGGCUUCUCAGGAGCCUGUCACUGUAACACACCUUGCUGGAGCACCAGAUGGGGGAUUAACUGCGUGGCUGGUCGUUGUUGCUGUUAACUUGGUUUUAUUUUCUUCGUUCGGUAUGGCUAAUGCAUGGGGGGUUUUCCAAGCGUAUUACGAGGAAAACUUGCUACGGGACACUUCUCCUUCCUAUAUAGCAUGGAUCGGUUCUGCGCAGUACGCGCUCGUGUACCUUCCAGCGCUUGUGACGGGACGGAUGUUUGACCUAGGAUACUUCAAGAUACCGUGCUUCUCCGCUAGCUGUGUUAUCGUUGCAUGCACCUUCAUAACAGCGGAAUGCACUCAAUAUUGGCAUUUCUUUCUUGUACAAGGGCUCGGUAUGGGACUGUGCUGUGGUAUCAUGGUUGGUCCAGCACUUGUUGUCGUCUCGCAUUGGUUCAACAGGAAACGUGGCCUCGCCAUGUCGCUUGCCGCCAUUGGGGCUUCGAUCGGCAGUACCGUGUUUCCUGCAGCAGCACAGAAAUUGAUUCCAUUGAUCGGAUUUAAAUGGACGAUGCGUGUAUUUGGAUUUAUUCUGCUUACUACACUGGGGUUGGCUAACCUAUUACUUAAACGACGGCUUCCACCCGUCAAUGUUCGUGGGGGACUGUUUAACCUCAACGUAUUCCGCAACACAGCGUACACCAUCUUUUGCUUUGCAGGAAUACUGUCAUUUUUAGGACUUUACACAGAGUUAACAUAUAUCUCUGUGAGCGCCGUAACAAUUGGCGUCUCCAAAGGCUUUGCAUUCUAUAUAAUCGCGAUCGCGAAUGCAGCAUCUACAUUUGGACGUGUGUCAUCUGGACUUCUGGCAGAUAAAAUUGGCGCGCUCAACACCAUGGCAGCUUUUACUGCUAUCGCAGGAAUUAUGACUUUCGCCUGGCCAUUUGCUAAAAAUGAAUCCCAGCUUAUCGGAAUAGCCGCCGUGUAUGGAUUCUCCACAGGAGGAUUUGUAGCUCUCUUCUCUGUUGCUGUCGUAGCAAUGGGAAAUAUAGAAGAUGCGGGGCGCCGAGUGGGGAUGUUCAUGUCCAUCGCUGCCCUUGGAGCCAUUGCAGGUCCUCCGAUAUCAGGUGCCAUCAGUACUGCGUCAGGAGGGUUCGUUGACGCGGGUUACUAUGCAGGUGGCGUAAUUAUGUGUGCUGCUGGAUUGCUACUUCUGGCGCGAUGCAUCCAUCUCGGACACCUAUGGGGCAAGUGUUGAAUUACCACAUUCAAUGGAACGAAUCGUUGCCUCGCUGUUUUUCUAGAACGACACUCCCGUUGCAGAAAGAAAGUUUCGAUGUGAUUUAUGCAGCGUUGUGUCACACUUGGAGUAAUAGAAUCCGUUUGAGGCUGGGAGUAGAGCUAUUCAGUUUAUCCUGCGUGUAACUACAUAGUAUCUGGCAGCACAGCCCCCUUGUGAGUCACAGUUGCAAAGACAUUAC